AUGACAUUGAUUGAGGGCCAUUGCGACUUGGCCGCUUCCACCAUAGUUUAUGAUUUCGACCGACGCAACACCGCUUUCUUGACGCUUACGACUCGGCACGACGACGACGACGACGACGACGAAGGGAUGAAUGGACUCUUCCCGUCAGCAGCCUCAAGCAGCGGAGGCAAACCGGUGGACCUUCUCCACGCCGGCAGCACACCGGGAGCUCUCGACCCGUCACAGCGCGACCGCAUCCUCCGAGAGCCUGGCUCUCGACUAUAUUUUGCGGCGUUUGACCCAUUAACUGCGGGCGGUCAGGGCGCAAGCUUAGAUUUUCGGAAAAUGUCUCUGAGCGAAGAACAAUACCGCCCAAAACGUGUGGUGAUUGAAGUCUUUCCCAAUGGACAGAGUACUUGGCGGUUUGUUCCCCGAGCCAAACUAGACGAUGGUGUGAUAGAAGAGGGCUUCUGGCCACGAGUUAUUGACAUUUGCGGCCAGCUCGUCAAUUGCACACAAGAACAAUGGGACAUUUACAAAUUAGAUCCCCUUUACGACUGCGCUGUGAAUGCAUAUCCUAAGAUAACCACUAUCACCCUGCGACAAACACCAUUACCUCGUCCGCCAUCUCCUUUACGAAAGCGCCCCCAUUCAAGCUCAAGCCCUGGCGAACCCUUGCCCGCAACCAAGAAGGUGCACUAUGAAGCUAGCGUCACCAUGCGAAGCGUUAGCAGUCUUACUUCGGAGGAAAGUGACACCGACACCGAUGUUGAAGCAGAAGAAGUAGAAGAAAUGGUAACUGACGAACUGUUCCGCCCUAAUACGCCAACCCUGGCCCAUGGCAAACGAUUCAAACCCUCUUCCCCCGCCAAACCUACCAUCCGUCGCACUAAACCUAUCUCUCAAGCAGCAGCAGCACCACCGCCUCCUCCACCAAAUCCGAUUUCCUACCACCAAUCUCGCCAAUCUCAAAGCAUGCCUCCAGAAAACCAGAAGAGGAAAGCAUUCGAACCCACAGAUAUCACCAACAACCCAGUAAUGGAAGAAGCCCACUUGGCCGACGACGAGGGGCCUGUCAGGAAACGAGGGCACUUUGAACCUUACAGCAUGCCCGACCGGACGACGUCCCCUGGAGUCGCACUACGGCAGAGACAAGCAAAGCGUCGCGAAAAACAGUUCCUCAAGCGAGAGCGAUGGGAGCAGGUGCUGCAAGCAAAGAGGACUGCGCGUGAACAGAGACUUAUGGACGAGAUCAUGGCAGAUGUUCCCCCGCCUGUACCUCCUCAGGGCUCAUCGUCCAUGGGCUCCUCGUCUUCGGGAUCGCCGUCCUCAUUGGACCCAGACGAGGCUGCACGAUUGGCAGCUAUAGAAGAAUCUCGCAGAAAGUUGGCUGAACUUGAGGCGGACAGGCCGCUAUGGGACGCAGCAGCAAGGGAACGACGGGCGAAGGAGGAAGCUGAGGAAGAGGAAAGACGGCGGAAAGCUGAAGCUAAAAGGCGCGCUGAAGAGCAGCGCAUCAAACAAGCACGGGAGAGGCAGGCGCAAAAGGAGCGUGAGGAAGAGGACAGGCGACGAAGAGAGGAGCUGGAACGCGAAGCGGCCCGGGCAAAAGUAGCUCGAGACCGAGAAGCCAGGAAAGCCAGAUGGAGUUCGGGAAGAUGGACCCAUAGUCGCGCUGUUGAGCGAUUUUCGGAGACCUGCGACUAUUUCGACAUGACGCGGUUCUCGGAGACGCACCCCCUGACGAUUGAAGAUGUGCCGUGGCCUACGCUGGUGCACCCUCGAUCCUUCUCGCUCGAAGAUAUUGAGUGGUCUUCGGUUGAGCAAUUCUUUGACGUCCUUAGGACGCAUUUAAGAACACAAGAAUAUGUCGCCGUCGUGGAGAAGUGCCAUAGGCGGUUCCAUCCAGAUAGGUGGAGGAGCCGGAACCUGUUCAAGGCUGUACUCGAUCCCUCUGAAAGGAAUUGCAUGGAAGUUGCUGCGACUACGGUGUCUCAGGCAAUAACGCCCAUUUGGCAAAAGGUUCGAGCCAUUAGGCAAGCAUAA